AGACAUCCUUUUGUAUCAGAUUUUAAAGAAAACUUUGAUGUCUCCAGAAACCCAAGUUCAGUUUGGAGGUAGAAAUGAUGCCGCCUUAAGCUGACUCCACUUUCAUCCAUCUAAACUGAAUAAAGAAGGUAGAAUCUCUUUCUCCCUCUCUCUUCCUCUCUCGCUAAAAGCCUUGCACAGGCCUUUGAGCCACAGAGAUCCAAUGUCACCUUCAUCUCAAGAGGGUUGAGCUCACCGACACAGAAGCCCUCCCAUCUCACAGCGCACUGAAACAGAAUUUUGUUCAGCUCCUUCCUCAUCCCCUGCUCCAACUAUGUAUUCUACCGGUUUGGAGAUCCUCGGGAUCAUUCUGGCUGUGGCUGGCUGGCUGGGAGUAAUGGUGACCUGUGGCCUGCCUAUGUGGAGAGUGGCUGCCUACAUCGGCCAGAACAUUGUCAUCUCUCAGGUUAUCUGGGAAGGCUUGUGGAUGAACUGUUCUGUACAGAGCACAGGACAGAUGCACUGCAAGGUACAUGACUCCAUGCUGGGGCUUCCAGUUGACCUGCAAGCAGCUCGUGCCUUGGUCAUCAUCUCUCUGGUUCUUUGCAUUGUGGGCAUCAUUUUGUCAGUGGCUGGUGCCAAGUGCACCAACUGUAGCCGGGAUGUGAGCAGUAAACCUCGCCUCAUGGUGGCUGCUGGGGUGACAUUUGUGGUGGCUGGACUGCUGCUUCUGCUGGCUGUGUCCUGGACAGCUCACGCCAUUGUCCUGGGCUUCUAUGACCCCAUGCUGGAGGAGACAGGGAAGAGGGAGACCCUCAGCAUGUCUAUAGGGCUGGAGUUGAUUGGCAUUUCCCUCUGCAUUUUAGGAUGGCUUAUUGCCAUUGUGUCUUGUGCCCUCCCGAUGUGGAGGGUGACAGCCUUCAUUGGCAGCAACAUUGUGACAGCUCAGAUCAUCUGGGAGGGCCUGUGGAUGACUUGCGUGGUCCAGAGCACUGGACAGAUGCAGUGUAAGGUGUAUGACUCUAUGCUCGCCCUCUCCCAAGAUCUUCAAGCUGCCCGAGCUCUCACAGUCAUCUCCAUCCUGUUAGCAAUCCUGGCUUUGCUCAUUGCUAUUGCUGGGGCCAAGUGCACCAACUGCAUUGAAGACGAGGCAUCCAAGGCCAAAGUGAUGAUCAUCUCUGGAGUCUUCUUCAUUGUAUCCGGUGUCAUGCAGCUCAUUCCUGUCUCCUGGUCUGCGAACACCAUAAUCAGGGAUUUCUACAAUCCGUUACUCACUGAUGCUCAGCGGAGGGAGCUGGGGGCUGCAAUGUAUAUUGGCUGGGGAGCUGCUGCACUCCUGAUUCUGGGCGGUGGACUGCUCUGUUUCUCCUGUCCGCCUCGUGAGACACGAUACAACCCUUCACGAAUGGCUUAUUCUGCCCCACGGUCUGUCGGUGGGCCAGGUUUAGAAAGGAAAGACUAUGUAUGAACCAAAAAGAAAAAGAAAAAAAAACAGUACUCAAUCUUGAACUUGCUCACCCCAUCAAAGUGAGAUUGUCUUUAGACGAAGAGCUCAUAAAAAAUGAGAACUGUUCAAUGAAGGAUGCAUUUGAUUUUGCCUGUAAUAUUAAGUAUUUUUGUGAUGGACCUUUUGCUUUUCAAGAGACU